AUGAUGAAUCAUUCAGCUCAAGCAAUAGGGGUAAUUAUUUGGAGCUUGCAAUUUCUUGCCGAUCAAAAUGAGAAAGUUAGGAAGGUUGUGUUUGAGAAUGCUCCCAAGAAUCUCAAGUAUACUUCUUCCGAUAUUCAAAAGGAUCUUAUUCAUGCUUGUGCUAUUGAAACUAUUAAUCCAAUCACCAAAGAUAUGGAAGGUACAUUUUUCUCUCUCUUGGUUGAUGGAUCACAUGAUGCUUCGACUAAAGAGCAAAUGGCAGUAGUAUUGUGUUAUGUGAACAAAAAAGGAGAAGCAAUUGAAAUGUUUUUGGGCGUUAAGCAUGUCUCCUCUACAACUAGCAGCUCACUUGAAGAGGCCAUUGAGAGAUUGUUUGCUACAACAAAUUUGAGUAUGUCCAUGUUACGAGGACAAGGCUAUGAUGGAGCUAGUAAUAUGAGAGGUGAGUUAAAUGGUCUUAAAACAAAGAUUUUCAACAAAUACCCUCAAGCAUUUUACAUUCAUUGUUUUGCACACCAACUCCAAUUAGCUCUUGUAUUCGUGGCAAAGGAAAAUGAGGAUGUUGCCAAUUUCUUCAUCAAUGCUAGUAGUUUGGUGAAUCUUAUUGGAUCAUCGUGUAAGCGUCGUGAUGCAUUUAGAGAGAAACAACAAGAACAAAUUCAGAAAGCUCUUGAUCUUGGUAAUAUUGAAACAGUCGUGGUGGAGGUGGUUGAAUGGAUUAAAAGUGAUCGCAAUCAAGAUAAUCUUGGUGAAGCAACUAGGUUAUUCAAAGACAUACAAACUUUUGAUUUUGUGUUUCACCUUUUCUUGAUGAGACUUAUAUUGGGAAUUACAUAUGAGUUAUCACAAGCAUUGCAAAAGAAAGAUCAAGAUAUUGUGAAUGCGAUGGCGUUAGUGGAAGUAUACAAGCAAAGACUACAAUCCUUGAAAGAUGAUGACUUUGGGGACUUGUUUCAUGAUGUAGAAAAGUUUUAUGUUUCUUGUGCUUAG